AUGCAAGAAGAUUGGAAACCAAAGUUAAAAAUGAUUUUUGAUAGCAUUGAAGAUGCUUGGAAGUUUUGGGUUGAUUAUGGUGGAAAAGUUGGAUUUGGAGUGAGGAAACAAUAUUAUCACAAAAACAAAAAUGGUAUAAUUACUUCUUACAAGUUUGUUUGUUGUAAUGAAGGUUUACGAAAACAAGAUAAACGGGAUUAUAAAACAAUCAAUCCAAGACCGGAGACCCGAACAAAUUGUCAAGAAAGAUUAGGAAUUAAGAACAUGGAUGGUAGAUUUAUGGUCGUUGAUUUUGUGGAGGAACAUAAUCACAAUUUACAUUUACAAGUAACAACUCAUAUGUUGCCAUGUCAAAGGAAAGUCUCUCAAAUUCAAUGUCAUCAAAUUGAUUUAGCCGAUGAAGAGGGAUUACAACAAAGGAAGUCGUUUGAUUUAAUGAGUAAAGAAGUGGGAGGUAGAACUAACUUGGGAUUUAUUCGUCUUGAUCAAAAGAAUUAUCUUCGGGGAAAAAGGCAAAGGAGUAUGGUACAUGGAGAAGCUGGUUAUCUAUUGUAUUUUGGUGAUGUUAUAUCUCUUGAUUCAACAUAUUGCACAAGAAGCAUUCAAAAGAAUCAAGUUAAUAUUUCUCAGGUGAAUGAGUUUAUUGGUAAAGUUAAGGAGUCUACAAGCACUCGUGAUGAUUUGACACAAGCAAAAGGAUUCAAAAAAAGAGAAGGUAAAAAGAGUUCAAAACGCCCAAAAGAAAGAAAAAUGUUGGCUCUAAAGCUUAAAAAAUUCGGGUAUUGUUGA